UACGUCAUUCAUUACUCGAAUCUCGAACGAUUAACAUCCACCAACAUGAAGCUUCUUGUAAUAUCUCUGUGCUCGGUGCUCCUCCUGGCAGCCCAAGCGGAGAUGCAAACGGACGGCACAACAGCCACGUCGCAAGACCUUCGGCAGAGCGAGCUCCUUCAUAGCCAACAGAAACGAAGUGUGGCCAAACUUCUCCUUCUCAAGGCUUUACCGCUGCUGAAGAAGUUGCCGCCGGUGUUGCCUCUCCCUCUGCCACUUCCGGUGCCCAAGCCUUUUCCUGUGCCGCUGCCAUUCAGUGUGAACAUUACUCGUUCUUCGUCAGGAUAGAAGCCUGUUCGCUCGAGCACAUAGGAUUGAAAGUGCAAAUAGGACUUUAUCAUUUACCUGAUAUGUUUUUCACUCAAAUGAAGACCUACGCCUUAGCCUCUGUGUGAUUUGUCUUUCUGACAAGAUUAUGGCAGCGUGUGAAUGCAAUUUCUUGUAUUUUUGUGUUAUAAGAUUUUCUAAUAAAACAUUAUAAUAGAACAAUAUAUUUUUCAAAUAGGACUUUAUGAUUUAGCUGAUAUGUUGCAGGAUUUUUUUUCACUCAAAUGGAGACCUACGCCUUAGCCACUGUUUGGUUUGUCUUUUUUGAUAAGAUUAUGGCAGCGUGUCAAUGUAAUUUCUUGCAUUUUCUAAUAAAACAUUGUACAAACAAUAGGACAAUAUAAUUUCAGUUCAGUUCCAGUUUUAUACUGGAAAUGUGAAUUAAAAGAUUAAACAUUC